AUGGUGCUGGUCCGGCGCCCCGCCCCCCGCACACGGAUCACCGCCCCCGGCCGCCCGCCCGCCCCCGCCCGGCCGCGCCGCUGCCAGGCAACCGGCAGGCCCCGCCCCCGCGCCGCCCUUCCCAUUGGUGGGUUCCGGAGACGGGGGAGGGGGCGGGGCCCGAGGGCGGGCUGCAGGCAGCGAUUGGCCGGCGGCGCUGUCGAUCUCAGGGGAGGAGGCGGAGGCGCGGCGCGGGCCGCGGCUCUGGGAACAGCCUGGGGGCCGGGCGACAGCCGGGCUGGGGGCGGGGCGGCGUGGGCCGGAGGCGCUGGAGGAGGGGAGCGGAAGGUGGGGGAGCGGGGGCGCUGCGGCGAGCGCGCGUGGGGGCGGCUCUUCGCGGAGCCGCGAGUCGGGGCGGCCUUUGGGCGCUGCUCCCCGCAGGCGGCGGGGGGUGCCGCGGGCGGCCGUGCGGCGCGAGGACGGACGGAGAGACCGCCCGGCCCAGACCCGGAGUGUCGGAGGACAGUCGCUUCCACGCGUCCUCGAGCGCAGGGGCCCCGGGGGACGCAGACCCGGAGCCAGCUGUGGACAGAGCAGGACGAAGGCCAGCGUGGUGCCGAGCCUGCUUCCAGCCAGCCAGCCCUACGACUGACAUCCGUUGACCUGACCGGGGUCAAGGGUGGGUGGAGGGUAGAGCUGUUGCCCGCCCGAAGGGAAGUGACGUGGUUGAGACCAGAAGAAUGACAGGCGGAGGCUGGCAGGAAAACCGGGGAGGGGGGGGUUCUCAUCCCUGUGGGAGGGGAGUCCGCCUGGAGAGUUCUGAGCUGUCUGCUGCCAUCAGUCUCAAGGCGGUAGAGGAGGAGCGGGUCCUCUCCAGAGAAGCAUCCCUUGGCCCAAGCCCUGCCCAGCCCUCUAGGAGCUCCUGCUCUUGGCUCCCCACCUCCCGCCCCGGGGAGGGCUCACCCACUUUUGGUAGCGGCUGAGGUAGGGGGCCCACUCAGAGCCUAGCUCGCCUUCCUGGUGUGCGGAUGGCCCUAGCCCAUCCCGGGGAGGGAAGCCGUCAGUCAGCAGCUGCCACCAGUGAACGGGAAGGAGCAGUGCGCUGAGCGUCCGCGAGAACCCCGGCAGGGUGAUGCGGAGUGAGCCGUGGGCGAGGCCCUCGUAGCAGGGCCUGGCGACCUCUCCGAGCCACCACACUCCAGAAGGGUCUUAGCACAGGUGUGCCCACUCCUUCGACUACAGGGAGACUGUCAGUGGGGGUCUGAGCCCCCGCCUGGGAGACCCCAGGGCUCUCUGAGGGUUUUCUUCCUUGUGUGGAAACCCCUUUCAGUGGUGGUGGUGUUUGGGGCAGGGCUAGGGCCAAGGGUAAGGGCCUAGGACCCGAGCCGUGGGCAAGGCUAGAUGGUGGGCUGGGUGCUGAGAGGUCGGCUCCAGUGCCAGCCCCCGGAGUUAAGGGGGCACCCUUGUCUUGGCACUUUUUAUUUGGGAGGCGAUCGGAGCCCUUUAUAAAGCCCGCGUGGCUCUUUCUCCUUAACUCAGAGCGUGUGGGGGGCUGUGGGGUUGAACGCCUCGCCUGGAGGCCGGCAGGCAGUGCAGCUGCGGAUCAUUGCCUACACUUGGGGUCUGGCCCGCCCCCUCCCGGACCAGCAAGAGGAAGCUGCUGUCGCGAUGGAGAAGUUGGAGAGGGUUAGCGUGAGGGCCGGCGCCGGCGCAGCCGAGGCAGGCAGCUCCCAGCGCGCCGCAGUCCAGGGCGGUGUUGGUCCUGCACUCGGGCCAGAGCUGGGAGGCAGCUCAGGGAGCCCGGAGAAGGCACAGGCUCCGGCCCCCUGAGCCACCAGCUUCCCCGUCAGUUCUCACGGCCGGUUCUCACCUCUGCGGCCUGCGUGGCCCGGGCGGUGUGUAGCCAUGUGGGUCUUCAGCACCCAGCCCUGAGCACGAGGGUCCCCGGUCGGGAUGCAUGUGCGCUGUGGGGCCGCGUUUGGAGGCGAGAACCGGACGGUGCCCACCCCGGCUCCGUGGCCCACAGCCCCGGCGGCCCAGGAGUCGAGGGCUGGGAGCCGGAAGAAUAAAGGAGCGCGUCUGCAUCA